AUGACCCAGCUAUCGUCAUUCACACUGCGUAUGACAUUCAACUAUUCCGACCGCACGACAGCUGAGAACGUUUCUGACCAAAUCACUGUCCUCGUUGCAAACGAGUUGAAAGUCACUCAACUUAAUCUUAGCCGGAACCAAAUAUCCCACAGAAGAGGUGAAGCACCAGCAGAAGCACUGAAAGUAAACAACACUCUCACUCAACUUGAUCUUGGAUACAACAAAAUAUCCGAUAGAGGAGGUGAAGCACUAGCAGAAGCACUGAAAGUAAACAACACUCUCACAAAACUUGAUCUUGGAUACAACAAAAUAUUCGAUAGAGGAGGUGAAGCACUAGCAGAAGCACUGAAAGUAAACAACACUCUCACAAAACUUGAUCUUGUAUACAACAAAAUAUCCGAUAGAGGAGGUCAAGCACUAGCAGAAGCACUGAAAGUAAACAACACUCUCACAAAACUUGAUCUUGGAUACAACAAAAUAUUCGAUAGAGGAGGUGAAGCACUAGCAGAAGCACUGAAAGUAAACAUCACUCUUAUAAAACUUGAUCUUGGAUACAACAAAAUAUCCGAUAGAGGAGGUGAAGCACUAGCAGAAGCACUGAAAGUAAACAACACUCUCAUAAAACUUGAUCUUACUGGCAACCAAAUAUCCGAGAGAGGAGGUGAAACACUGGCAGAAGCACUGAAAGUAAACAACACUCUCACUCAACUUGAUCUUGGAGACAACCAAAUAUCCAACAGAGGAGGUGGAGCACUGGCAGAAGCACUGAAAGUAAACAACACCCUCACUCAACUUGAUCUUGGACGCAACCAAAUAUUCGAGAGAGGAGGUCAAGCACUAGCGGAAGCACUGAAAGUAAACAACACCCUCACAAAACUUGAUCUUGGAUACAACAAAAUAUCCGAGAGAGGAGGUGAAGCACUAGCAGAAGCACUGAAAGUAAACAACACUCUCAUAAAACUUGAUCUUACUACCACUAAUUUAAUUGUUUGUUCGUAG